GGCAUAUACCCUGUGGCCUCAUCUGCCACCCUGAUAAGGAGCAUGUUCUUUAUCCCCUGGGAUGUACUGUAGUUAUUCAAGACCUGGAGAGUAAGAAACAGACUUUCUUGCACGGCCACACCAAUAAUGUCUCCUGCAUUGUCAUAUCCAGGAACGGGGUGUACGUUGCUUCUGGACAAGUCACUUUUGUGGGCUUCAAGGCAGAUGUCAUUCUGUGGGAUUUCCCGAAGAAGGAGUUACUUGCUCGGCUGUCACUGCAUAAGGGUAAAAUUGAAGGACUAGCAUUUUCUCCAAACAACCUUUAUCUCGUGUCACUGGGAGGCCAGGAUGACGGCAGUGUGGUUGUGUGGCACGUUGCUAAGAGAGAGGCUGUCUGCGGGAGCCCUGCCUCGGCACGCAGCGCAGGGAGUGCGACCGUCGUGGUGUGCUCCAGCUGCAGAGACGAGAUGUUUGUUACUGCUGGAAAUGGGACCAUUCGAGUAUGGGAACUGGAUCUAGCAAAUAGGAAAAUCCGACCGACUGAAUGCCAGACAGGACAAUUGAGAAGAGUGAUCAUGUGUGUUAAGAUGGCAGAUGAUGAUAAUUAUUUUUAUGUUGGCACAUCAAGUGGUGAUGUCCUGAAAGUGAGUACAAACAACAAGCUGAUGACUGACUAUGGGCCCCAGAAGGAGAAGUUUAGCUCGGGAGUCACAGCUUUGCUUUUGCUGAAGACAGGAGAUUUAAUAGUCGGCACCGGAGGAGGGAUCGUAGCUCUCUGUAAAGGCUCAAACUACAAAGUAAUGAAGAAAAUUCAAGUUCAAGGUGCUGUCACUUCCCUGACAUGUAGAGGUCAGGGUCACCAGUUCUUUGUAGGGACAAAUGAGUGCCAGAUUUAUCGAAUUAACUACAAUGCGUUUAAAGAGGAGCUGAUUGCUGCUUGUCAUAACGAAGCUGUCCACGACAUCGUUUUUCCUUUGGGAACUUCUGACUUGUUCGGUACCUGCUCCAAAAAUGAUAUUCGGGUGUGGCACACCCCAGAAAACAGGGAGCUCCUACGAAUCGUCAUCCCCAACAUGAUCUGCCAUGCCAUGGAUUUUAUGAGGGAUGGCAAAAGCAUCAUUUCAGCUUGGAAUGACGGGAAAAUCCGUGCCUUCAUGCCAGAGACUGGACGGCUAAUGUAUGUGAUUAACCAUGCCCAUAGCUUGGGUGUGACGGCAAUUGCUGCUACAAGUGACUGUAAACAGAUCAUUAGUGGAGGAGGUGAAGGGCAGGUGAGGGUCUGGGAGAUUCGUGAGAGGACUCACAAACUGGGGGAAGUUCUGAAGGAGCACGUAUCUGCUGUGUCCUGCAUUAAGAUUAAGAAGAACGACCGAGAGUGCGUCACAGCCAGCCUUGAUGGAACCUGCAUCAUCUGGGAUAUUGUGCGUUUUGUAAGAAUACAAAUGAUUCUAGCCAACACGUUGUUCAAAUGUGUGUGUUACCAUCCUGAAGAGUACCAGAUAAUCACCAGUGGAACAGACAGAAGGAUUGGAUACUGGGAAGUGUUUGAUGGCUCUGCAAUCAGAGAAGUGGAAGGGUCUGUAUCGGGUUCUAUCAAUGGGAUGGACAUCACAUCAGAUGGGGCAUACUUUGUCACAGGUGGUGAUGACCAUCUAGUGAAACUGUGGGACUAUAACAAGGGUGCAGUGACUCAUGUUGGAGUGGGCCACAGUGGCAAUAUCACCCGUCUCAAAAUCUGCCCUGGGAACAAGUACAUUGUGAGUGUGAGUGCAGAUGGUGCCAUCCUGCUCUGGAAAUACCCAGACUUGCACUAACAGCUGGAACAGGAGCUGCUAGGCUGCUGCUUCUUCGGCCAGUCCUAGCAAACCUUUUCUCUUACUGAAGUUGUUUUAAAGCAUUUAUACUAUUAGAGGAGAUACUGUUUUU